GUGGUGUUGUAAAAUGCCGUGAGGCGCGGCCGGCGGGGCCUGAGGGACAGAGCCCGGGCCCGGUCCCGCUCCAUAUGCCCCGAACCGUCCCGUCCCGCUCCAUGUGGGGCCGCUCCUCGUCCGCAUCCUCUUCCUCAUCCUUCUACUAUGGCCCGGAAAACAGUUAGCAGGAAGCGGAAAGCGGCGGCGGCUGCCGCCGCGGGGACCGGGGGACUCCAGGGGGAGCAGUAUGGAUGGGAUCACUCGGUUCACAAAAGGAAAAGGCUCCCGCCGGUGAAAAGGUCUCUGGUGUACUACGUGAAAGGGAGAGAGGUCCGGAUGCAGAAUGAGUCCGGCUACCACCGCUUGUUGCAUGGAUACGCAGCCCAGCAGCUCCCCAGCCUCCUGAAGGAGCGGGAAUUUCACCUCGGAACACUCAAUAAAGUGUUUGCCUCCCAGUGGCUGAACCACCGACAAGUGGUGUGUGGGACAAAAUGCAACACGUUAUUUGUAGUAGAUGUCCAGACUGGUCAAAUUACCAAGAUUCCUAUCCUGAAGGAUCGUGAACCCGGCAUGGUGAACCAGCAGGGAUGUGGCAUUCAUGCCAUUGAGAUCAACCCCUCGAGGACCCUCCUGGCCACAGGUGGAGACAACCCCAACAGUCUUGCAAUUUAUCGUCUGCCUACACUUGAUCCUGUCUGUGUGGGAGAUGAUGGACACAAGGACUGGAUAUUUUCAAUUGCGUGGAUCAGUGAUACUAUGGCUGUUUCUGGUUCCCGGGAUGGUUCAAUGGGUCUGUGGGAAGUCACAGAGGAUGUGUUGUCCAAAAGCGAUGCCAGGCAUAAUCUCUCUCAAGUUCCUGUCUAUGCCCACAUAACACACAGUGCUCUGAAGGAUAUCCCGAAGGAGAACACCAAUCCUGACAACUGCAAAGUCCGAGCACUGGCUUUCAACAAUAAGAACAAGGAGCUGGGAGCUGUGUCCCUGGAUGGGUAUUUUCAUCUUUGGAAAGCAGAGCACACACUAUCAAAGUUACUUUCCACUAAGUUGCCAUACUGCAGGGAGAACGUGUGUUUGGCUUAUGGUCAGGAGUGGUCAGUGUAUGCAGUAGGAUCACAGGCGCAUGUCUCCUUUCUGGAUCCGAGGCAGCCUUCUCACAACGUUAAAUCCGUCUGUUCCAAAGAACGAGGCAGUGGUAUCCGCUCAGUGAGCUUCUACGAGCACAUCAUCACUGUGGGGACAGGGCAAGGAUCCUUGUUGUUUUAUGAUAUCAGAGCCCAGAGGUUCCUGGAAGAAAAGCCCCCUCGUGCCUGCUAUGGGCAGAAGCAGAAAUUAGGAGGAAGUGAAAUUUUGAAGCUGACAACUGGGAAAGGCUGGCUGAACCAUGAUGAAACCUGGAGAAAUUAUUUUUCUGACAUAAAUUACUUCCCAAAUGCUGUUUACACCCACUGCUACGACUCGUCUGGAACGAAACUCUUUGUGGCAGGAGGCCCUCUCCCAUCAGGACUUCAUGGGAAUUAUGCUGGUCUCUGGAGCUAAUGAUAACUCUUCAUUCUGAUGCUGAUCUUUACACAGAUUUCCAUUUUUUUAAACGACAAAAUCGUGUGAUGCCAUUGAUUCCUGAUUUAAACACAAGUUAUUUUUGGGCAGAGUUUUCUGUUGGUCUCCAACAGUUUUGUACAUCUUUUUGAACUAGUUUUUUGCUUUAACCUCCUUGAUUCUUUAUAUGGAGGUGUUUUGAAGUCCUUUUUUAUUGUAUUUACUCCAAAUGACUCUUCCCCCCAUUUAGGCUGUCUUGGCCAUGUGCCCCCUCCUCUACUUUGCUGUGAGGCAGGAUUUCUUUCUUAUAGAGUGGUUGCUCCUGAGCUUUCCGUGAAAGUCUCGGGGCUGCAUGUGUGCAGGUACUUCGUGUCAGUUACAUUACCUGGAGUGAGGACUACUUGUAAUUAAAAAAUAUUAAAAAUAUUUAUAAGAGAUAAGCUACUACUUUAUCUGCAGAGCCUGGCCCUGGCCUGGGUUGAUCAUAUUUUUUAAAAGUACAAGUCUAAUGAUACUGUUUAUAUGUAGAGGGAUAUGGUAAUUUUAAGCUGUACUCACUGGAGCCCAGGGAUGGAUUCCCUAGGGGUAUCGCCCAUCAGAUCCAAAGUGCAGGAGUUUCAAAAGUGCAUUUGUGUUUGAAUGGUAGUUUUCAGCAGUGCUAGGAGCAAAAAUUGAUCUGUUUCUUCACUGCCUGUCCCAGGUAUCAGCUUGCACAACUGGAGUUUGUAUAGGCUGUUCUGCAGCAUGGCUGUUGCAGGGUGACAUUACAUUGAGGGCUGCAGAGGUGCUGAGAGGAAAUGGGGGCUAGUUACUCAAAUGAACUAAAUCUGUCUGUUCUCCAGAUGAAACAUGGUUUCUAAGUAUGCUGUUAGGGUAGCUUAAAAGCUCUUCAUAAACUGCCUAAAACCUAGGACCUUUUUUAUCCCAGAUUGUGGAAAUUUUUUCCCUUUUUUGCUGUUCUGGUUGGCCAUCUGCUCAAAUAAGCCAAUGGAAUAAAUAAACUAUUUUUUUUCUCCAAGAUUAAAGAGUGCAUCUCAGACUUUACGAAUGCAAGCGAGAAGCUUUCCAUGAAGGAGGAUAGCUUGGUGUUACCUCACUUUGUGCUAGCGUAUGCUGUAGGAGAGGCUCAGGCUUUUCCAGAAUCCCCUGCUGCCUUCUGCAUUCAGACACCCUCCAACUUCACCUGGGAGUGGGAGGGGAGAACAGGUCCAAUGCCCUUCAGGUCAAGCUGUGAAGCAUGUGCCUCCCAAGGGUGAUGGUCUUACCCAAUUCUCAGCUAAAAUGCAAGACUCCGGGGUGUUCCUCCUUUUGGCAGGCACUAAACUCUCAGCUUGUUACUGAAGCCUCUGUCCUCUGCUGGAAGUAAUGCCUUUCCCCUGACACUGGUGGAGUAAAGUGUGCCUGUACCUCACAGCUUUGGUGCCAAACGGGCAGUUGGUUGAAGCUGAGAGGAAAGACAAGGCUGGAACAUGCUCUCUUCUCCCAUCUCUGUGGGACAUCCCAGCUACCACUGCAGUUCUUGCCCACAGCCAAGAGCUAAGGCUGCAUGUGUCUUUGCAGUCUCUCUCAUCUUCAUACUUGGUAUCUUCAUCAGUAACACCAAGCAGUCAGCGUCAGGCUUAAGUUCCAGUUGGUAUGGAGAUCUGGAUGGAAAUCCUACGAGGAGUGCAGAUCCCUCUCAUUGGGGUGUAAAUCCUGGCAAGAGGAGACCUCUCUCCCAGGUGUGCCCCUGUCCCAGAAGUAUAAUUAGCACUGAGCACUGACACAGGUGCUUCACAAGCAGAUCAUCUUCCAGUGUUUCGUAAGUGUACUUCCCAUUGUAGUCUGGUUGCUUAAUCUGCAUCAGUUCAAGGUACUGUGUGUAUGGCUAGUCAGGCUUUUCUCUGAAAAGGGCAGAUUAUAUACCAUGGGGUAGCUGCUUUGGUUAUUUUAGGGAUUUAGAAAAGUGGAAGUAUUGAAGAAAAACAAAUCUUGGAGAAGAAUGGCAGGAUUUGUCUUUCUACAGCUACUGUGUAAGAUCAUUCUGUCACAAGGAACAUGUUCUGCUUUGCUUUGUUGGGGUUUUUUUAAUUGGGUUUGUUUCGUUUUAUUUUGUUAAAGAAGCUAGACACUUAAGUCUACAUGAGUGUCCUCCAGUUCUGCUGAAGCAACAGGUAAUAGCUGGGCAUUUAGUGUCAGCAGUUCCAAAGGGAGACUCCUGCUCUGGAUAUUCUAGCCCUGAUGUUGAUCUAUUAAUUGAAGCAUAUUUUAGGCCAUGAUAGGGGAAAAAAUGGUAUUUAUAUGGCCUUCAAACACAGAGGUUGAUUUUUCUGCAGUGUCUAGGUUACUCAGGAGGCAGCACUGGAAAUUGUCCCUUCCUGCUGACUCUGAUCUCCACAAGUACCUCAGUAUGUGCUCCUAAAGCCUGGUAAUGUGAGUGCCCUUUUCCUCCUUUUUUUUUUUGCACAGAAAGCUCUGCACAAUUCUCACAUGAAUUUGGAAAAUUAUGUAGAACUCCUCAAGUCUCACCUGCUUUUGUGUAUUCUGCUUUCAGGAUGCUUUCUUGCAAAAAUAACUUUUUAUGGUAAGGGAGCCAUCUUUGUUGCUGUAUGAAAAUCCCCACAAAAAACAAACCAAACUAGAGAGUGCUGCAAGCACACAAACAAGUUGGGCCAGAGAUAACUUAUUUUCUAGCUAGUUUCAGUGGUUUUAAGUGCUUACAGCAAUAUAUAGAUGUUAAGUUUUAGAGAGUUCUUCUUGACUUUGAUUUUGUUGCCCUGUUGGGUUAGAUAUCUCAUGAAAUUCAGGAUCAGGUUAGAAAUGUGGGGGGUUUCCCAUCCAAGUGCAGGAAUGGCUGCAGAACAGGGCAUCUCCGGGCUCCACAGGGAGGCAAGUUGGGUACCCCAUUGUUCAAAAGGCAGAUAUACCCCUGCAAUGGAAUGAGCUCAGUCUGGUGACUGCACUUCAAUAGCUUCUUGAACAGCUUGCUGUGUGCUGCUAAGACCCAAUGGCAUGCAUAUAUUCAGACCAUCUUACCUUUUCCACUGUUUCUUAAAGAUUUCCCUCCCUUGGUCUUUCCAGCUAGAAUGGUUUGUUUGGGGCUGCUUCCUCCAACCCAAAUCAUACCAGUUUUUGCUGUAGCAGUAUUGUCCUUGCAGAGGUGACCUCUAUUGAGCAGGAACAGGCUUGCUAGCAUUUUGUCAGCCUGUGCUCAAGACCUUCAAUUUGCUUUUUUUUAACUGGGUAAAAGUUGAAGGCUAGCUCAGACUGUUGAACUGGGCAGUUACUCUUGUACGUGUUUGACUGAUGUGAUUACACAGUAGUAGUCUGUUCCAGGUGGGGAACAUACUCUGGUUUAUCUCACUUGAAGGAGAGAAAAGAACUUUUAGCAUAACAUACCUUCAGACUGGCUGCUAUUGACUUCUCAGUCGUGUGGGAUCUUCUGUGCUACCAGUGAGUGUAGGAAGCAGUUAAUUUUACUGCUCAGCUCUUUUCAGUGGACUACCAUGUUAAUUGGGGUAUUUUUGGGUAUUACAUUUUCAGUAUUCAUAAUAGGUAAUCAAACGAGUGACUCAGUUAGGGGUUUGGUAACACCUAGCUUGUAAAUACUGGGUAGCAACUCCUCAGUAAUAGCUGGAUGUUACAUCAUGGGACAUUCCUGAGGAAUCAGAAGCUACUUUGCAGUGUUGGCUUGAGCACAGUAAUAAGGGUUGUGCUCACCCUCUUCACUGAACACCUUAUUCCUGUAGUUCCGCCAGCUUUCUCCCUUGUACAGUCAAGUCUUGUAGGGAGAAUUGCUAGUGCUCUCCUCUGGUGCUUUCUGGGAUUGCAGUAAAGAAGUGAGUCCAUUUGUUUGAUUCCCUCAUCAGUGCUGCUGUUGUUAGUUCGAGGUGAGUAAAUUACCAAAGAAUAGUUGUUAGUAGGUUUAUGUUCCUAGUCUCAAUUGUUCAUUCUCCUCAGAGAUCCAUUUUUAAGAUCAUUGCAAGCGCCCAGUGAUCUUGCUGGACUUCGUCUGUUCACAAAGGUUAUGCUCAUGUUGUGGGUGACUCUUGUGAUUCUCUUCAUGAGAGGAGCUCCUGAAUUGCAUUACGGGGUUUAUAUUUGCUGCCUCCAUUUUAGGGCUUUGGCAGCUUUUUGUAUCUAAAGGAUUAAGAUACUUGGGGAUCAUUCUCUUCCAGAAUUUCAUCCUAUUCCUUCGUCUGAAUACUUGCUUUGUAUAUAGCUUGCACCUGCAAAGUUAACAGAUUAAAUUUAUGAUCCAGCUAUGUGGAGUGGUGCUUUGGUGUCUUAAUUUGUGCCCCUCAGCUGAGAGGCAUUUACAGGCCUUGUGAACUGCUGUGCCUCACGUGGUGCAGGUGUGAAACAAAGCAGGCUUGCCUAGACCCUUCAUGAGGUCACUUGGAAACCAAGGACAGGUGGGCUGUCAAGUUACUGCACGUGGGAAAGCAGCAGCAUCUUUCAGCAGCCAGGUGGGAGCUCUGAGGUCUUUUUUUAGUGGUCUGAUACUCUUAUUUUCAAUAAACCCACUUUUCCAAGUUGUCUGAUAUCUUCUUAAUUAGCUUCUUUUGCAAUUGCUGCUAUGACUGAAUUACUGGACUGGGGUACAGCUUGUUCCUAAGGAACACCGUUGCAGAGCUGUGUGUCAUGCAGGGGGAGCUGAUCCUCUGGCCAGCCCAUGCUGAGCCAGGGACUCCUGAGCUACCAGGCACAAACUUCUUAGCUUAAAGCCAAGUGAAAAUCCCUGUGUGCCCUGCUGGCCACCCCACAGUCUGAGCCCAUGGUGUGACCUCAACUUAAAAUGCAUUUCUGAGUGUUACAGUGCCCUCAGUAACUUAUUUGAAAGUCUGAAGCAGACACCCCCAGACAAGGGAGAGUGGAAGAGAACACAGCCACAUCUUGUUUGAGGUGCUUUCCUUUGCCCCUGUACAUGAGCACUUCAUGUGGUGAGGAUGAGCAAGGAACACCACAGAACCAGUAAAAGGCAAAGGGUAUUUGGUAUGGCUCUCGGGACUCCAGAAGUAUUUAAAAACUAGAGGGGAUACAUGAAUGCUUAAUUGGAAACGUCUUUGAGAGAUCAAGUAUAUAUCCCUGACAUUCCUAAUUCUCUGUGUUAAUUUUCAAGGAUAAAAUUAGGAAGUACCUUUUUGCUUGUGAUGCUGAGUUUUUUCAUGAAAAUCAUGUGAUGCUUGGGUAAUUAAAAGAAUGCUCUUGCAGAAGGGAAUCUUCCCAUUUCCUAACAGCCUCUCCCGCUAGUAUCCUGCUGGGAGCAGUAUGGUCUAAGAAAGUGCACACAGAUUUAAAAUGGAGUGCCGGGGUUGGCAGAGUUGGGAAAAUGUGGGCUGUCUGACUGUUUCUAUACCCAAAAAACCACCAACACUUGACUGUAUACAAAUUGUGGUUGCUGUACUGAAACUGAGAGGGUGUAUAAAACCCCUCGCAACAUAGUGCAAUGUCUUUAGUCCUAGAUUCUUUUGAAUUGAUUCUUUUGCCUUCAGGACAAAAAAUUUAGUAGUCAAUACACUGUUUUGUUAGGAACUGCUUUUCUAGAUUCCCUUACUAAUAGGGAAAAUUCAGGUGCUGAAUCUUACAAUCCCAUUAAACUUGUACUUUUUAUUUGCCCGUUCACCUGGUCUCUUUUCAUUUCCAAGGCCUCCCACAGUCUCAGGGUAUAAAUCACUAUGACUCAUCCAAAUAGUACUGAAAUGGACCAACCAGAGGUUAAUGUGCCUUCCUCUUCUGGUACCUUGAUCUUUGUAAAGUUAUCUCAGACUCGUCACUGUCUUAGGGCUGGGUACAUGCAUUGUCUUUUUCUAAGAUGUAUGUGUUGAAAUUGCAACAAGUUUGUACUGUUACUUGUGACCUGUUCCAUCUGUGUUAGGAUGUGGUGUAGACACAAAUCAAUGCGCUGGAUGGUCUUGGUAUCAGUCUUGCCAGUGACACCUAUCAGUGCUUGCUUGUAUGUUCAUGUGUACAUAAAUGCUGGAUCUUCCCCACUGCCCGUGGUGCACAAGAUGCACAAAAUACACAAGGUGUUUUAAAAUGUGCAGUGGUCACAACUUGUUGCCUGAAGGUAGGAUGUCCUACAGUGAACUGUUUUUAAUGGUUUUAUUUUAUUUUAUUUUUAAUAAGAUCCAAAGCCUUCAGGGAAAAAAAAAAUCAGGACUUGCUGAUACUUGAUGGCUUUUGUUCUGAAUCCAGGGUCUGAUGGUUGUUAACAACUCCUUCAAAUCUACCCAUCUAAUAGAGGCUUUCUCAGCUUGUUUCUGUCAUGAGCUGUAUCAGAAACACCGCUGAAUCCUGAGCUAUCACAGAAGCUGUCAAGCAAAGUAGUAACAACUCUCUUCAAAUAUUACAGUGCACAUUUUUUAAAUGUAAGAUAAACCUGUUCCAAGUUAUUGAUGCAGCUUACAAGUGGAACACUGGGAAACUGCAGGUAGUAUGUGAAACCGGCCUGUCUGCACAUGGGGCUCAGUGUUCUGUUACCUUGCAAAUUGUUUCUCCUCUCUGAAAAGGGUUUUUUUUGUUUGUUUUUUUCCAUACAAAGACAUGAUACAUUUGGCUUAGUUUUCUAAAGAUAUAUUUGUUUACAAACCUCAAACUGACACCUGGAAUUUGGGCUGAGUUUCUAUCGCUUACGCAGACAGUAAUGCAUGAUGUCUCAUAAGAGCCUAGAAACAGGAACAUAUAUAUCUUCACUUGCUGUGGCCUUCCAUGGACAUGCCUAUGCAUAAUUAACUGAAUUACAGUACUGCACUCUGUUGAUCCAUGAGGCUGCCUUUGUAUUUAGAAUCAGCACGAUUAGUCAUCAGUGUGUUGACAUUAAUACAUGAUCAUGGAGCUCUAAGGUCUGUGUGUUUUCUGUGCUAACUGUAUCUGUUCUCUCUGUACCGCAGUGCAGACUUAACUCCAGAGUUCUCUUUGCUUCUUGCUAAUUUCAGAGUUCCUUUAAAUUCAGUAAGGUGCUGUUUUUAUGUCAGUCACUUUUCAGAGUAGAACAAAUGGAUUUAACUUAGUUUUCUAUCUUUAGCAUCUUCCUCUUCUCCCAUUUCUUCCUAGUCCACCUGUAACAAUCAGUUCAAAGCUGUCUGCCUACUCUGAAAAUGAUCAAGUCAUAAUAAAAAGAAAACCUAUAGCCCACUGUGGCAAGAUCACUCUGUGCUUUUAGCAUAAACUUCCGAGGCUGGAUGCAAGUGGAGACUCCACUCCUGCACAGUCUACAGAAGCUGAAAUCCUCUUGCAUCCAUAUUGUUCAGUGGGUAUCUAGAUCAGGAAGUGGAGGUGCCCUGUGCCUGCAUGCAGUGUGUUUGUAAAACUGAUCUGUAGUGGUUUAGCCAGAGAACUGGCAUCUUCAGCUGCUACUCAAAAUCUUGAUUAAAGGCUUCAUUCAGGGCAAUACCAGGAGGGUGAGUUGCUGACUUGAUCCUAUGUAAAGGCUUCCUCCAGAAAUUUAUUUUUCUGGGAGGGUGGAAUUGUAAAAGAGUAGGGAUAUGAGCAAAACGAUAACCCUGUGCUCAAAAGAGAAAAAUUAUUCUAAUGUACUUUGGCCAGCAAGAAUGACAAAGGCUGGCUAUGCUCAGAGGUGAGCUGGCAAGGGAGUGUUUGAAGGGUAGGCCUUGAGGGUUUGUGCCAUCAUGCCUUAGAUCACUGCAAAUUAGUUGCUCCCAGAGUUUUCGAAACUGGUGGUCAUCCCUCUUCAGAUGAGAUGUGAAGAUGGAAUGUGGAAAAACCAGUUUCCCCAGUGGUCACUCAGUCUUCCCCUCAACUCAAGGUUACCAGUGCACUUGUCUCUUUGUUUUCAUGAGUGACUAUGACUAAUGUGCUUCACCAGCCUGAUCCACAUGCUUCGUGCAGGGAUGGUGGAGUGAAAGGGCCUUGUCUGCAUUGUCCUCCACUUUUCUGGUUGUUGACAGUGCAGGGGUGUAACAGGCCAACUGUGAUUUACAGCUUCAGCUGGUUGCUCUGGGCUUCUCUCACAUUGCUCGUGUGGUAGUGGGGCUGAUAUGAAAAGAACUGGGUAAGUAACUUCUGGUGGGCUUUAUCCCUCUUGUUCAAAAUGCUGUCUCCAGUCUCAGCCUCUUGUCCCAGCCUCACUCACAUCUUGUCACACUGCUUGGGACUUGAGCAAGUUCCCUGUUCUUUCAUGGUGUACUGGUUCAGGUACCAAGUUCUGCAAAGCUUAGGGGCACCUGUUAACAGCCCAAACUUCUACACUUGCUUAGGCAGUGGUUUGCUGAAUGGGACCUUGCUCACGGUGUCCUUAUUCAUUUUACUCAGCUCUAGGUAUCUUCCUGGACUGCCAUAUCCCUUUCAGUCUGAAAAGGUUUGCUCCAAAGUCACUCCUGUUCCGUGGAGUUGAUUCCUGUACUGCUGGUUAUUGCAAUUCAGUGGCUUUUCUUUUUCUUGUUUUCAUUCUGGGGUUCACUGCAAAGGUACAAAACCAUACUGACUUUCUCAACUCCUGAACCUAGUACAGGGGCCCAUCCUGAGGCAUCAGAAUUAUUUGUCUACUCUCCAGGUGCUUAGAGACAAGGAUCUCUUAGACAAAGAAGGAGGAAAACAGCUGCAUAUACACAAGUGAGAAGGUACCUCUGAGUAGAAUAGUUGAGGGAGCAGCUUAUGAAUUUUAAGUAUAAAACCAGUAAUUGAGGUUGUUUUGUUUUUUUUCUUAAAAUUGCUUUAACAGGAGGUUAGGUGGUGUUUUAAGCCACAGAAAGUUGCAAUGUAGACUGAGGUUUUCAUCAAUGCAAAAUGUGCCUCUCAAUUACAGUGCAAAGUCAGUUUCUGUUGCUUUUGUUUGCAAUGGAAGAAGAUUAUCUGAAGACUGAUUUAAUGUGUUUCUUGCUCUUAUAUGUAAUCACCCACACAACAGUCCUUGCUGGUCUUUCCCAAGCACUGUUCAGCACUAUCCCUAUUUAAAAACAAAACAGGGACUGCUUUGAGUAGUGGAACCUAAUGAAUUUCCUUGGUUUGAGAGAGACCCUGGAGAUUAAGAGUCCAGGUUCUGUGUGUUUUAAAUACAACUUUAAACCAAUGCAGCUAUUCUCUCAGACCAGUGCAGCUUCUUACCUUUCCCUCCAUUUACAUGGGAAUUUAAAAGUAAACCAAGCAAUACAUGAGCCAGUUGAUGUGCUUGCAGGUGGAACAUGUUUUUUUUAAAUUUGAAGAUUGAGAUUUCUCUUGUGGAAGAACUUGUUGUGGGUGCAAGAGUGUGGAGCUCAGAUUACAGCUCUUCUGCCAGCUUGUUAAAUGCAAUUAAGUAUUCCAGACUCUUUUGAAGAAGACUGUGUAAAAGCUAUGAAGGUGUAGAAUGGAACUGAUAAUUUUAAAUUUUAGGUCAUGUGUGUGUUGCUUGACUACAUGGACAAUGUUAACAGUGAUUUUUACAGAUUGGUUUCCAUGUGUCAGUCACAAAUAAUUUGCUGUUUGGAGGAAAACUUCCAGUAGAUACUUCUCCAGAUCAAAUUAUGAGCCUAGUUUUCCCUCUUGUAUUAACCGGGUUACUGUGUUCACAUGCCAGAAGGAUGUUGCUCUUUGAAGAAGCAUGUUGGUGUAUGUGGCAAUGCCCCAUGCACUUUUUAAAUACCUAGACCUGUACAUUCUCGUCUUGAGUAUCGUUAACCAUACUGUAGUCUGACAAAUGAAUCUUUUACUACUGCCCUGUUACAUAGAUAAUUGUAAUUAACUGAAGUUUGUUUUUUCCACUACUUGAAGUCGUGUGAUCUGAAAAUUGGUGAACAAAAAGUAUUUGUGCAUCUUACUAUGGGUAUCUCUAAAUAAAAUGUAUUUGUAUAGUG